AUGGCCUCUCCGAAUUCCUUGUCUUCCGCCUACCACUCCGGCCUAUACCAGCAAUCGCAAAUCUCUCAUCCGAUGUCCCGACCCGCGGUUUCGCGCUCGGGUUCCAGACGGGUCUCUCCCGCUCUCCACGGUCGCGACCAACCCCGGACAACUUCUCGACAUUACUCGGGUGAUAGCUCUGAUGAAGAGGUUCCAGAGCCCAAGUUCAGCGCUUCCGUAAAGGCCCUUUUGGAUGGAGACGGAUUGGGAUCUUCGCCACAUCUGCAAAAGGGACAUGCCGCAUAUGAGCGUCGUGCUGCCGCCGGAUCGAGGCAAAGCAGUCAGUCGCCCCGGAAUGCCUCGCCUCAUGAUCGAUCAACAGGUAGCCCAGCUCCCAGAGUUGUCCGAAUUGCCGGCGCUUCUUCAGCUUCCAGGUUCUCGCGCGAAGGAUCUCCUCUGUCUAACAGCCAGAGCGCGGAUUCUGAUGCUCAAGACCGCCCGAACGACUUCAUUACUCCCGCGCCUCGACCACGCAGUGUUCGAAUUAAUGCAUCACGCAGCCAUACGCGAUCCCCCUCAUCGAUCUCGCCGUCCGUUAGACGCUCCACCGAACGCCACUCUGGAGACGAGCAUGGGAGCGCCGAACGGUCAGACAGCGACCGGAAAUCCCGUCUUGCUCAGAGCGAGGAAGAUCCCAUGUCUCAUAUUGGAUCUUCAUCAGUUUUGCGCGGUCGCAAUGGCGACGAUGUUGGCCCUCAGAGCUCGUUGCGGGUGAAGAGAGUUGGACGUCUCACCGGCACAUUCUUGAAUGGGCCCGCACGCCGAGGCGUAUUGCGUCGCCAAAGUGAAGAGCAUAACGAAGAAAACUAUCUAUUGAACGAAGAUGUCAGAGAAAAUGCGGAGCACGAUAACAACGUCGAGUAUCAACCCCGCAAACCAUCAUCACCCAAAGUAUCUUGGGCGGAUCCAAGUCCACCUCAAGAAAUGGAAUCACAUCGCCCCGAACAACCCGUCAGCGGCCCGACCGAUGGCCUCUUUUCAAGGUCGGCCUCCCCCAGAUCAUAUGGAUCUCACGCAAAGUCGACACCUGCAUCCUCAGACAUGUCAUCAAAGCCAUCUAGUGCAAAGGAACAACCUGUCUUCAAAGUUCCAUCAUUACCGCCGCUGCCUUCUGUCAGAGACCAGGAGAAUGAGCCACCACCAACAUUUAAGCGUACCAAACCUCAAGGACUGAACUUUUUGGACAAACCAGAGAAGUUUUCUGUCGUUUAUGAUACAGAUAAAAAGGAUACAGUGGAAACCCCCGCGCAAGACUCGCCGCGCAAGAUUCUUUCAACGCGCAGCAGCAAUACACCACAUAGACCGGCCCCUCCACCUCCAAAAAUGUCGAUGCUCGAGACGGCAACCGCUACUGCCGGAGCAUCGACCUCUCAGUCUCGAAAGAAGCGGACACAGGUGUCUAUCAAUCACAAACACUUCACUCGCCUUGAUUGCAUUGGCCGCGGAGGAAGUUCGCGUGUAUAUCGUGUCAUGGCAGAAAACUACAAGAUUUUCGCACUCAAGAGGGUGAACUUGGAAGAUGUUGACCCUUUGACCCUGGCUGGGUACAAAGGUGAAAUCGAUCUUUUGAAGAAGUUGGAGAAUGUUGACCGCGUCGUUCGACUUUUUGACUGGGAACUCAACUCCGACAAGCACGCAUUGAGUGUUCUUAUGGAAAUCGGUGAAUCCGACCUCGAGAAGAUUCUCGCCCAUCGCCUGAAUGCUGAAGAUGCCGUGUUCGAUAUCAAUUUUGUUCGUUAUUAUUGGAAGGAGAUGCUUGAGUGUGUGCAGGCUGUGCACGAAUAUAAUAUCGUCCACUCUGACUUGAAGCCCGCCAACUUCCUCAUGGUCCAGGGUCGGCUCAAGCUCAUCGACUUCGGUAUCGCCAAUGCAAUUCAGGACAACACUGUCAAUGUUCACCGAGAACAACAAGUUGGUACACCUAACUACAUGUCCCCAGAGGCUUUGGUCGACUCGAAUGCCUCUCUCGGACUACCAGCAAGCGUUGGCAAGGUGAUGAAGUUGGGCAAGCCUAGUGACGUUUGGAGCUUGGGCUGCAUUCUGUACAAAAUGGUGUAUGGCCAGCCACCAUUCGCGAAGAUCGCCAAAUACUAUGAGCGAAUCAUGGCAAUUCCGAACCCCCCGUUCGGCGGUAUAACCGUUCCUCCUGGUCUCAUCCGAACCCUGAAGCGCUGCUUGCAGCGUGACCAGACACUUCGACCAACCAUUGAAGAGAUGCUCGGCCCUCGCGAUCCUUUCCUUCACCCUGACGCCCAGCUGGAGGGUGCUGUCCCCGUCACGCAAGAUAUGCUCGGUCGCAUCCUUGCCAAUGUUGUCAAUCACUGCCGAGCGCGCGGCAUUCCCAAAGAAGAAGAGUUGGCUGCUUGGCCCGCUGGGUUCUUCGCAAAAAUAAAAGCAGCGCUGGAAGAAGAAAAUUCCUGA